AUGUAUGAAAUGUUUGCUGCAAAUAUUGAAGAUAAAUGUUUAAGGCUGUCCGAGGUAACACUAAGAACUGUGUUCGGGCGUGGAUAUAACUCUGCUCCACAUGGUCGCGCAUUCGGUGCCGAGUUAGCGAACAGACCAUUAAGACAGAUUCAGGCAGGCACCCGAGAGGCAUUGUGUGGCUGUGAUAAAGGGAAACUUCAAUGCGUUCCUAACAAGUCGCAAGGUGAUAAGUGA